UUCCUGCAGGGAGUGAGUGACGUGGUUGGUGUGUGUUUGUUUUGCAGUCGAGAUAUUCGAGCGCCCGUUGAACUUCCAGGAGAUUGCUGAAAGCAUUUGCUUCCGUGUGCCCAUCGUAGAGCAGUGCAUCUAUGAGACCCUGCUCUUCUUUGCUGAGGCCCUCCGAGGAAAGAAGGAAGUUGACUUCUUCUUCAAAACACUUGGCAUUCUUUCUCUGAGAGGGCAGGAGGUCAUCAUGAACUUCUUUGAUGACUGCGUACUGCAGGUGGAUGCAACGGGCAACAUGCUGCCCGUUCUUCUUGGGGACUCUGAGAUGAUGAAUAUGAUUGCGUUUAGUGGCAAAAACUACUUUACUCGAUCCAGUGAGGACGGCUGUGUCAUACUGCCAAGAAUUCAAGUUGAGGGCUCAACGACAUGCCAAGAUACAGUUUUCAUGAAGCCCCGAAGACAGUCACAGCCAUGGAACGAGGGUGCCCGCAGAGUGAGCGUGUAUGAUCCGGUGAUGCUGGCUCGGCAAAGGGCAUCAAAAGUUGUGGUGUUAGAGAAAAGACGCAAGGAGCAGGAGAAGAAACAGCAAAGGGUUAAAUUCAGGUUCCUGCCACAACUUGAAGAGACAUAUGCUGAAGUGCUACAAAAGGCUGCACAUCAGGCAAAGCCCGCUGCCAGCACCCAGCAGACCUCCAGAAUGGCAGCGCGCUUGAAGCACGCUCAGACUGAGGCGAGACGGCUCCAGGUGCUGAUGGCCUCCAAGCGCAAGGAGGUCGAAGCUGACAUCCAGAGCGAAUAUGAGCAGUACACACAGAGGCUGAGCACGGAGAGGAGCCAGGUACAGUGCGCACUGACCGCCCUCAGGGAAAGGGCAUUUCCCCCUGCUCCUCGGGAGGGGAGCAGCUCAAGGCUCCUGGACAAGGCAGCGUGGCUGUGGCCACCUGGCAAGGAAGCAUCUUCUGUCUGCCCGCUGCCCUGCAAGUUGCCGUGCAGCCAAGAGCACAGGGCAAAGGCAGCAGCUGGCUGGGCACAGGCACGUGAAGACUAA